CAAACCAAAUCAAACCAAACCAAACCAAACCAAACCAAACCAAACCAAACCAAACCAAACUGAACGAAGCCAAACAGACAGGCAGACGGACGGACUGACAGGCAGACGGACGGACGGACGGACGGACGGACGGACGGAUAGGUAGACAGACGGGCAGACAGACGGACAGACAAACGGUCGGCCGGCCGGCAUCGAAACAACAACGAGACUACGAGACUACGAGACUGCGAGAUUGCGAGACAGUAGUUAGAGUCGUGGGUUGUUGGCUCGGAACCGCGUACAAGCGAACGAGCGAGCGGACGCGCAAUGAGUUCGCCGUCGUCCUUUUCGCGCUCGCCGGGGCCCUUCCGGCGCAGCUCGUUUCUCCUGCUACAGGAUGAGCCUCCGCUUCUGCCAAAGCCCGGCGCACUGGCGUCGCUCAUCGGGAGCCGCUCCGUCGCCGCGCCGCACAACUCGCUGUCGCUCUCGCUCACACGCGACGACGAAGAGACGGGCCUCGGCGGCGACCGCUGCAGCUUGGAUGACCAUCCCCGCCCCAGCGAGCGCCGCCUCAGCGCCAUCCUCAACGGCCCUCACAUGCGCAGCAUGCGCCUAAUCGGGAACAGCAAUCCCAGGUAUCGGUGGGAGCGCUACUGGAAAACCGAGGACCAGCUGGCUUCCAUGAAGCCCCCCAUCCGCAAGUAUCACGAGCGUGUCAACUACCUCAUUCAGCAGUACCUCUAUAUUGACAAGCUGCUCGACUCAUCUCUGCCUCAUGACCUGCUCAACGAGUACAACAACAUGCCAGCCUCGGCAUUCCGCGGUGUCGAGGUCCCUUCCACCAUCCUUGAAGAGGCAUCGCCGCCGCCUCCCAAGUCUAAGCCGCCUUUUUCGUCCUUGGAAGCUACCGCCCUACUGCCCCUCGAGGAUGCCACCACUACUUCGCCGGCAGUUGUGAACAACCCACGGAAGAUCAGACGGACUCCCAAGGAUAUCUACCGGCCUACCGAGACCACUCCGUUAUUUAGCCGGACACAUUACGGCGACGUUGAUGACGACGACAACAACGGCGGCGACGACUACGGGCGUGACGGCGAACCCGGCACAGAAAACACCCCCAAGCCCGAAAUCCCCUGGCUCGAGGAUGACCAAGUCGACAGUGACGCCCCCAUAGUCACGCUCGCUAUUAAUGUUAACUUUGCUGCCAAUGCCAUCCUCCUGGCCGGGAAACUCGCCGUCGUCGUCUCCGUCCCUUCCGUGUCGGUGCUAGCCAGUCUGGUCGACGCUCUUCUGGACUUCCUCUCCACCGCCAUUGUCUGGAUCACCACUUGGCUGAUCAGCCGACAGGACCAAUACCGCUAUCCCAUUGGCCGCCGCAGACUAGAGCCGCUGGGUGUGCUCGUAUUCUCCGUCAUCAUGAUAACCUCCUUUGUUCAGGUAGCUCUCCAAGCAAUCCAGCGCCUUGCCUCACCAGAUCGUGAGAUAAUUGAACUCGGCGCACCAGCCAUCGCCAUUAUGCUUGGCACCAUUUUCAUCAAAGGACUGUGCUGGCUUUGGUGCCGCCUGGUUAAGAAUUCAAGUGUCCAGGCUCUAGCUUCCGAUGCAAGCACCGGUAUGCACUACCCGUCCGAAUCGCCAGGGAACAUUCCAUGCCAUCCAUCCUCUGACUCUUUUGCUGCAGACGUCAUCUUCAAUGCUGGCUCCAUCGCCUUUCCCUUAGUCGGGUUUUACGCCAGAAUCUGGUGGCUGGAUGCCUUGGGAGGACUGCUGCUCUCCCUCGUCGUCAUAUUUAACUGGUCCCAGACAUCUUCGGAGCACAUCCGACACCUUUCUGGCUUCUCUGCCACCGCAGAUCAAAGGAACAUACUGCUCUACUUGACCAUGCGGUUUGCUAAAACCAUUAAAAAAAUUCAAGGAUUACAGGCCUACCAUGCAGGCGAUAAGCUGAAUGUCGAGGUCGAUAUUGUUCUCGACGCUAGUACUUCACUUAAAGACAGCCACGACCUGAGCGAGAGUCUCCAAUAUGUUCUUGAAUCGGUCCCUAUUGUUGAUAGGGCAUUUGUCCACGUUGACUACGCAAGUUAUAACUUGCCAACACACAUGCAACAACAAUCGGGCUAGGGUACCGAUCAUGCUUGUCUACCUACCCAAGCCCAAGUCGCACGCUCAUGACGCCUCCAGCGCCGUCAGGCUGGCUUGGUUCCAUUGACUGGGCAUCCCAUAACUUUAUAGCCUGGAGUCAGAGACAGAACCCUCCAUUCCAGCAAAUUUCACGCUAUCAAAGCGUGCUUUUCAAAAUUUCCUGCCCGUCAACCCAUCUCUCGAAUCGGGGCGUCUGCGGGUGGGUUGGGGUACCAUAAAAAUAUUUAUAUGCCUAUGCCAUCUUGAGCCCAUAUAGUGGUACAAAGUUGAAUGAUAGCUACCUGGUACUUUUCCCAAGGAUUGAAU